GAGCGGGCGCUGGCAGCUGGCUGGGAAAGCAGGGUUUUGUGACUGCUGUUCCUGUAGUGCCGCCGUGGUCAUUCUGGUUCUACCUGCCCUUUUCCACUUCGGGCAGGGGAGGCAAAGGUCUGUUUUCCUGCCUUGAAAGAAGAGGAGAGUUAGCCAGAUCGGGGGACCCUGCAGCAGCGAGCACAACCGCAGGGGCGCGAUGGUUUGCGGCGGCUUCUCUUGCUCCAAGAAUUGGCUCUGCGCUCUCAACCUGCUUUACACAUUGGUCAGUCUGCUGCUGAUUGGAAUUGCAGCUUGGGGCAUUGGCUUUGGCCUGAUUUCCAGUUUCCGGGUUGUUGGAGUCGCAGUGGCAGUAGGAAUCUUUCUUUUCCUGAUUGCUCUGGUGGGACUGAUUGGGGCCAUCAAACACCACCAGGUCCUGCUUUUCUUUUAUAUGAUUAUACUCUUGCUAGUGUUUGUUAUACAGUUCUCAGUCUCCUGUGCUUGUUUGACAUUGAAUAAAGAACAGCAGAGCAAACUUCUAGAGGUUGCGUGGAACAACACAAACAGUGCAAGGCAGGAUAUUCAGCGGACUCUAAACUGUUGUGGCUUCCAUAAUGUCAGUGAUGAUACUUCUUGUUCUGCUGAAUGUUUUGAAACGCUGACCUGUAAAUCCUGUGCACCUAUAAUUAACGAAUAUUCUGGAAUGGUCUUGAGAUUUGUAGGAGGCAUUGGUCUCUUCUUUAGUUUCACAGAGAUCUUAGGAGUGUGGCUCACUUACAGAUACCGGAAUCAGAAAGAUCCACGUGCAAACCCUAGUGCAUUUCUUUGACCUGGAAAUGUUUUCAGGGACUGAACAUUUCCCCCCCUAAGGUUUUAAAAAGCUGAAUUCUCCACUGAUCUGUCUACUCUCCAUGUUAAUUGGGGGCACGUGCCUUUGAGAUAAGAAAAUAGAUCUAGAACUGCUUCUCAUUCUGUUUUCUAGUGUUCUUUGAAGAAACUAGUUUGAAAUCCUUUUUUGACAAUUGUAUAACUAAACAGAAUAUGAAUUCCCUAGGCAUGUAGUGAUUCAGUAGAGUUAUUCAUGUUACUCUUCUCUCAAAGGGUUGGUGUUACUUUUAAUUUAAAGAAAGAUUUAUUUGUUCUUAUGAUGCAUUUCAUUUCUCAGAAACUCUUUCAUUGAUCUAUUUCUUCCUCCUUUUUUUGAAAGACAUUUAUUGGCUUCAGUGCAUUUCAUUUGAAAUAUGAUAAAGAAAUUAUGCUUUUGUUUCUAAUACUGAUAUUAAUUUGGAAGAAACCCCCUCAAAUAAUCACGGCAAUUGAAAACUCAUCAUUUUUAAUAAUUAGGAGUUAUACCUAUCAACUCCUCUUCAGUUUUUGGAUCUGUUCAAGAUAUAAAUGGAAAUCCGUUCAAGGUUGUCCAUUAAUUUCAAUAUUGGCUAUAUAAAUAGUGAUUCUGUUUCAGCCCAAGAACAGAUUAUGUCUAAAUCUCCUGAUUUACCUUGCCUCUAAAAGAUAUGAAAUCAUUUGUCAGGGGUGAUUGGAUAUUACCUAACAUUAUAAUUUUCAGUAAGUUGACUAUCAGUUUUCUUUGUACCCAGUAUAUGAACAACGGUAAGAAAGAGAGAUGAAUUUUUACAGUAUACUAAAUUUGUACAAGAUGUGUAACAUAAAAUGAUAAAUGGAGACGCAUAAUGUGUAGUUGGCUUGUCAUGGUAAGUUAUUGCUGAUAGGAGGUUUUGAGGAAGGGGCAAUUAUAUUUUAUCAGUGUAAUACAUAAACUAUGGUACUGAUAUGGGUCUUAAAUUUAACUGUUUGUUCAUUGAUAUCUAAAGUAUGUGAUAAUAAAUGUGUAUUAGAUUAUUGUAAGUAA